AUGGACAGUGCUGAAUUGCAACGCGUCAUAUCAGCUAGAUCCAAACUCCGAUAUAGUGUAACAAAUCAGCGACAAGUUAGCAUCAGUUCAAGUGGUGUACCUUUAGUGAUUUCAUUGAAUAUCUUUCCAUCAGAUACAGUCUCAAGUACAGCCCAUUUGUCCAAGAUUACUGAGAGUUUAUCUUCAGAUACAACUAAAAUUCUAAGCCAAUCAGAAUCAACAAGUACACUCGCCACGGAUUUACCAAAAAGCACUACUGAAAUAGUGACCACAACUUUAUCAUCUAUUACUGAAACAACUGUUACAGAUGUCUUUACUACAACUACCGCGUCUAGUAUAGCCUCUGUUAUUGUGAAGGAUAACAGUGAUACUAUUUUAAAUAGAUCCAGCGUGACAUCUUUGGUGCAACCUCCCAAAACUGAAAAUGAGAAAGAAAGUGCAAUUUCUUCCGUGACAACUACUCGGCCUGUCAGCACUUCAAAAAUAGAUGUAACUGUAAAAGACACUACUAUAGAUGAUGUUUUAUCUACUACAGCCAUAGCUGGAUCUUUGGUUGUAAAUUCAGAAAAAUUCAUUGAUACGAGUGAGCCCAAUUCAAGCAGUGAUUCUAUUAAACCGACAUUGAAAAUAUUGCAAGCGUUACCUGAACAACUUACUAUCCCGCCUACACGUAGUUCAACCAGCUUUGAUUCUCAAACUCUUGCUGUGAAUCUGCCAACAACCAGUUUGUCGUCUACAAUCCUACCUUCUUCCAUUCUACCCGAUCCGACUAUCACACAAUCUUCAAACUUGAGCACUGUUGAUAUAAUUACUACCACUGCCAUUGUAGUACCCACCUCAGAUAAAAGUGAACGUUUACAAGAGCCACCGUCAACCAUUACUAGUAAUGAAAUCGCUAGCACGAGUAGCUCUACUGAUUUACCAAACACCAUUGCUAUUUUAAACCGACUCAGUGCUGAAACAGUAUCAUCUACUACAAUCUUUGCUACAUUAUUGUCAAGUGACUUUACAACCAGUAUACAACCAACUGCCACUCCGUCGCGUCUGUCGCCAGAGCAGCUAUCGAGUCUAUUGGCUGGCACGUCGAUUUCAUUUGAUCCACAAAUUUUGAUUGUAAAUCUACCAUCGAUUAAUGUACCAGCUACUACGACUACAGUUGGAUCCAAUCCACCGGUGAUUCAACUUCCGCCUAUAUUAGGACUUCCAUUGCCACAAAUUCCAAUUCCAACAAUUGGUCCUGUAGUGCUGCCAAGUAUUAUACCAGGAGUUCCACCGGUGAUCCCAAUCAAUCUUCCAAGUAUCAUUUCAGCAAUACCAUCGGUGAUCCCAAUCAACCUUCCGAGUAUCAUUUCAGCAAUACCACCGGUGAUUCCAACCAAUUUGCCUGUUGACAUACCAGGACUCCCGCCAGUGAUCCCAAUCAAUCUUCCGAGUAUCAUUUCAGCAAUACCACCGGUGAUUCCAACCAAUUUGCCUGUUGACAUACCAGGAGUUCCACCAGUUCCAUUACCCGUUCCACCAGUUCCUCGUGCAACACCAACAUUGCCUAUUGUGAUUCCUGGACUACCACCUAUUGUAGUUCCACCAGUUGAUAACACUAUUACUGCAUCUGCACCAACUGCCACUCCGUCGCGUCUGUCACCAGAGCAGCUAUCGAGUCUAUUGGCUGGCACGUCGAUUUCAUUUGAUCCACAAAUUUUGAUUGUAAAUCUACCAUCGAUUAAUGUACCAGCUACUACGACUACAGUUGGAUCCAAUCCACCGGUGAUUCAACUUCCGCCUAUAUUAGGACUUCCAUUGCCACAAAUUCCAAUUCCAACAAUUGGUCCUUCAGUGCUGCCAAGUAUUAACCAGGGAGUUCCACCGGGCAUCCCAGUCAACCUUCCGAGUAUCAUUCAAGCAAUACCACCGGUGAUUCCAACCAAUUUGCCUGUUGACAUACCAGGACUCCCGCCAGUGAUCCCAGUCAACCUUCCGAGUAUCAUUUCAGCAAUACCACCGGUGAUUCCAACCAAUUUGCCUGUUGACAUACCAGGAGUUCCACCAGUUCCAUUACCCGUUCCACCAGUUCCUCGUGCAACACCAACAUUGCCUAUUGUGAUUCCUGGACUACCACCUAUUGUAGUUCCACCAGUUGAUAACACUAUUACUGCAUCUGCACCAACUGCCACUCCGUCGCGUCUGUCACCAGAGCAGCUAUCGAGUCUAUUGGCUGGCACGUCGAUUUCAUUUGAUCCACAAAUUUUGAUUGUAAAUCUACCAUCGAUUAAUGUACCAGCUACUACAACCACAGUUGGAUCCAAUCCACCGGUGAUUCAACUUCCGCCUAUAUUAGGACUUCCAUUGCCACAAAUUCCAAUUCCAACAAUUGGUCCUGUAGUGCUGCCAAGUAUUAUACCAGGAGUUCCAUCAGUGAUCCCAGUCAACCUUCCAAGUAUCAUUUCAGCAAUACCACCGGUGAUUCCAACCAAUUUGCCUGUUGACAUACCAGGACUCCCGCCAGUGAUCCCAGUCAACCUUCCGAGUAUCAUUUCAGCAAUACCACCGGUGAUUCCAACCAAUUUGCCUGUUGACAUACCAGGAGUUCCACCAGUUCCAUUACCCGUUCCACCAGUUCCUCGUGCAACACCAACAUUGCCUAUUGUGAUUCCUGGACUACCACCUAUUGUAGUUCCACCAGUUGAUAACACUAUUACUGCAUCUGCACCAACUGCCACUCCGUCGCGUCUGUCACCAGAGCAGCUAUCGAGUCUAUUGGCUGGCACGUCGAUUUCAUUUGAUCCACAAAUUUUGAUUGUAAAUCUACCAUCGAUUAAUGUACCAGCUACUACAACCACAGUUGGAUCCAAUCCACCGGUGAUUCAACUUCCGCCUAUAUUAGGACUUCCAUUGCCACAAAUUCCAAUUCCAACAAUUGGUCCUGUAGUGCUGCCAAGUAUUAUACCAGGAGUUCCACCGGUGAUCCCAAUCAAUCUUCCAAGUAUCAUUUCAGCAAUACCAUCGGUGAUCCCAAUCAACCUUCCGAGUAUCAUUUCAGCAAUACCACCGGUGAUUCCAACCAAUUUGCCUGUUGACAUACCAGGACUCCCGCCAGUGAUCCCAGUCAACCUUCCAAGUAUCAUUUCAGCAAUACCACCGGUGAUUCCAACCAAUUUGCCUGUUGACAUACCAGGAGUUCCACCAGUUCCAUUACCCGUUCCACCAGUUCCUCGUGCAACACCAACAUUGCCUAUUGUGAUUCCUGGACUACCACCCAUUGUAGUUCCACCAGUUGAUAACACUAUUACUGCAUCUGCACCAACUGCCACUCCGUCGCGUCUGUCACCAGAGCAGCUAUCGAGUCUGUUGGCUGGCACGUCGAUUUCAUUUGAUCCACAAAUUUUGAUUGUAAAUCUACCAUCGAUUAAUGUACCAGCUACUACGACUACAGUUGGAUCCAAUCCACCGGUGAUUCAACUUCCGCCUAUAUUAGGACUUCCAUUGCCACAAAUUCCAAUUCCAACAAUUGGUCCUGUAGUGCUGCCAAGUAUUAUACCAGGAGUUCCGCCAGUAAUCCCAAUCAACCUUCCGAGUAUCAUUUCAGCAAUACCAUCGGUGAUCCCAAUCAACCUUCCGAGUAUCAUUUCAGCAAUACCACCGGUGAUUCCAACCAAUUUGCCCAUUGAUAUACCAGGAGUUCCACCGGUGAUCCCAGUCAACCUUCCAAGUAUCAUUUCAGCAAUACCACCGGUGAUCCCAACCAAUUUGCCUGUUGAUAUACCAGGAGUUCCACCGGUGAUCCCAGUCAAUCUUCCGAGUAUCAUUCCUGUCGUAUCAGUUUUAAAUAUACCUACUAUUCGCAAAACUUCACUUUUAACUCCGACUGAAAUUGCCCAGCCUGCCUCGACAGAACCUUUUUUACCAGCAGCCCCACUUCCAGUCUCAAAGUUUUCUGAAAGUUUUUCUUCACAGCAAGUGGAUGGCGGAAAUAGUAUACCUGCUUCAAUUCCAACAUCUGUAAAUGGAGAUAUAACAGUGCCAAACCAGUCUCAGUUUCCUGGCCAAUUCAAUAUUCCAGUGCAGCAGCCAAAUUCUGUUCAAUUUCAAUCUACUGCUGCUGCCGAAGCUACCAUUAUUUUUGGAAGUGGAGUUUCCAAUGUACCAGCUGUUGCACCUGAUGCUACUGUCAAUCCUGUCAAGGAUGGAUCAAUAAUUACCGCUAGUGGUUCAAUCCCUAUACCACCUGCUCAACAUGCUUCUCAUGAUGAAGUUGUUAUUCAAGAUUCUAAUGCAUCUCAAAUAGUCAGUCCUACACUUGCCCCUGUAGUCAAUAUUGUUGCAAACAAUCCAGGUGGUGCAGUAAUUGUUGGAGGCAAACAGUCCAAUCCUAUUCCAAGUGCCCAGCCAGGGGAUAUAGUAGGCAAUUCAGGUCCCACGCGGAACAAUGGACCAACAAGUGAUUCCAACACUACAACUCCACCUUCAAACAAUAAUGGCAUGUCAGCAACGACCUUGGAAAUGAUCUUUGGUGGUAUAGGUGCAGGAUUGGUAGUGUUAGGAUCUGUAUUGGUAGUGACGCGUCGUAGCCAACUGUCUUUACCUAAUGCAAGCUCGGGUCUUUCGGCUUCUGAAAAUGGAGCCGCUUCGACACUGGCUCUUCCGAUUGCAAUUGUGGGUCCAGUUUUAAAAAGUGGAAAAGAUGCUGCUGAAGGAGUCGUAGUAAGGCCCGAGUCGCACAGAUCGACUCUACCUCCACUUUUGAAACUUUCCAAUAGCAAAACAAAAAGCUUUAGUAUUUUUUCAACGGAAAGUUUGUUUUCAGGACUAUCCCUGUCUACCAUUGCUUUUGCUAAUCAAACUGAAGCCACAGAUAUUGAAUCUCCAGUUGAAAAGAAGGCCAACACUUCGUUUUCAAUUGAUAUGCAUGAUGAUAACCAUCAAGCAAGCACACAUACCAACUAUGGAAGCGGUGAAAGUAUGCCAGAAAAAUCUUUGACUUCGUAUAUUCAUCCUUCCGCGCUUUCCGGGUCAAGCUUGUAUUCUGAUAUUGAUGCUGUAGAGCCCGUAGCCAUGCCUAAUAUAGCAUCGAAUACCUCACCUUUUGUAGCCGUUCCUAUUGACAACGAAAUCAGCUUUACGUUUGGCUGUGGCAUGUCUUCGAUUGAUCGUGUUUCAGAUCUCACCGUGACAACAAUUUCUACUAAUCCUUGGAGGCGACAGUCAGAUAUGGAGGCUAUCUCAACACUACAACGAAACAAUAGUGUUUGUUCAGGAGUGCAUAUCACAGAUACGAUGGACAGUUGGAGAAUUUCGCAUAUUUCCAAAGCUCCUACUUUGAAUGAAACAACAGAGUUUGAUCCUGACAAAACGUUUAGCGGCAAAUAUCAAUACGUAACUCAUGGGAUCACUGAAACUCAACGAGAACGCAUCUCCUUUGAAAAUAACUCGAAUGUACUUGCAGAAAAGGCUUUGGACAAACAUACUGAAUCUUAUUUUGAUAUUGAUCAGGAAACGGGUGAAGACAAGAGCAGUUGGUUUGAUGAGCAGUCUAGUGGUGCACUUAGCGGAGCGGGAAUAUUUUCUCAGCCAAAACAUACUGUUGCUAACUGUAACCCAUCUCCACAUGAAAAUCUUGACAAGUUUUCUCUUGCUGAUUAUGUUCAAGAUCCAUCACCUCGUUUGGGCUAUAUUCCUCGGGAAUAUAAGCCACGGCCUAUUCUUCGUGACUCUGAUUACGAUGAGCACACUCAAUCCAAUGGUGAAUGGACCAUAAACGACACCACUGUAACUGGAUUUGAUUAUUCUCUGCACAACCAGUCUAGGAGAUCGUCUAUAACUUUUGCAUCGCAAAGCAUGGAAUUUCAUUGAGUUGCAUACUUGAGCAAUUCUUAAUAUUCACGUAAAAUGGAACUCUAGUAUCUAUUUUGCAAUCCUAUUUUACUUUGAAAUAAACAAUGAUUAAAUAUUUGU